CCCCUCCCCCUCCCCCUCCCCAAGAAACUUUGAUGGGCAUUCUUCCAGUUACUUUGAUAAUCAUUUCUCUGCAGAAAUAGCAAUUAACAAGUAAAAGGCAACAGAUUGUGCGACAAGAAAAGACUUCUACAUCAUGAAAAUGCUCUUCUUAGUGUUCUUGCUCCUGUGGAAUGAUAAGGAAGGUGCUCACGCAACACAAAGAUGUGGUUCGGUGGUUAAUAACACACUAAAAAGUCCUGGAUAUCCUUACUACCCACCCAAUAUGGAUUGCAGUUAUACGGUUCCUGUUCCACACAAUCGGACGAUGAUCAUUUCCUUCAUUGAUUUUGAAUUGGAGGAUCAUUCAUCAUGCCGUUUUGACUAUCUAGAGAUUGUUAAUGACGGAAGAAUAGUUGGUAAGUACUGUGGCCAGAGGACUGGGCAGAACAUUCUCUUAACUGGAGACCAGAUAUUGAUCAAAUUCCACUCAGACCAUAGCGAAGAAAAAAGGGGAUUCCUGAUACAUUUCACUGCUUAUCCACACGUGCCCCCCAAGAUUGUUUUAACUGCAGUGGAAGUAGUUCCAGGUAGCAGGGUGCCAUGUUCAGCCACUGGAACCCCUCCCAUAUACAUAGCAUUGGUAGGAAACUUUACACUGCUGUUGAACACUACAAACAUUGCAAGCAGUAAAUUAUACCAGGAAGGUAACUACACCUGUGUGGCCACGAACAAGUAUGGGACUGAUGUAAAGCACUUCGUAAUAAAAGGGUGUGGUCCAGUGAUUGAAAAUACACUCAGAGGUCCCGGAUAUCCUAACGAUUACCCAAAUAAUACAGAUUGUAUUUCUUCGGUUCCUAUUCCACAAGGCAUGGUGAUUAAUAUUACUAUUAACCAACUUUACCUGGAGGAUAGUAUAUCUUGCGACCGAGAUUAUUUACAGAUUACCAAUGAGAAGAAUCGGGUGUUUGGCAGAUACUGUGGCCACAUGGCUGGAAAGACAGUUUUUGCAUCUGGACAAUACGCCUUGAUAGAAUUCCACUCAGACAGCAAAAGUCAAAACAGAGGAUUUCUGAUGAGUUUUUCAGCUGUUGUGCCACCCUCUGUGCCAGAACCUGUCGCCUUCUACCCUUUGAAUGCUCGCUAUGAAGCCGCAGAAAAAGAGAACAGGCAGCCAAAGGGAAUCAUGAGAGAUGUUGCGAUUACAAACGGACCCUACAACGAACCAGGCGGAGCGUACAUGUUUUAUGGCACUAAUAGCAGCUACAUCGAGUUUCCGAAUAGAGGGGGCCUGGACACUCGGUUCUCAAUCACACUAAUGUGCUGGGUUGAACCCGGAGGCCAAGAUGGAUCACUAAUCAGAUACGGAGGUUCUGAAUUGGGAGUCCAGAUGCGGAUUGUUGACGGCAAACUUUAUAAUCAAAUCGUCAAGCAAAGAAAUUCUCAACUACUUCCUAAUAUAACAGCUGCUGAGGUUCUUCCAGCAGGAAAGUGGGUUCAUGUUGCAGCAAGUUACGAUCACAACACCGGAAAUAACUCGCUGUAUAUCAAUGGACAUUGCAGUGUCUCGAAAAACAUUGGUAAAGGUUAUGAGAUUAAAACCAUCCCGAAUGUUCGGAUGGGGUAUAGUACUUUAAAAGGGAAAAUCGCAGAGAUGAAGGUUUACGAUGUCGCACUGAACGAGGCACAGAUACAAACGUCGAUAAGACAAGUUCCACCAAUGGUAACAUUCCCAGCUGCUCUGUUAGUAAUAGAAGGAGGCAUGCUGUCAUGUUCAGCCAGAGGAACUCCUCCCAUAUACACAGCACUGAUAGGGAACUCUACAGUACUGGUAAAUACAACAAACACUGCAACCAUCCGUUUGUACAAGGAUGGAAACUACACUUGCCAGGCCAUCAACCAGUAUGGAACUGAUGUGAAAGAACUCCAAGUCAAUUUCACAAGUAAGAGGUUUUCUCUGGUCUAAUCUCUCUUUUCUUGUCAAAAUAGUACAAUGCUUGAGAGUCAUUCGAGAAAACGCCCUGUAAGGCCCCUCUAGGUGCAAAGCACUAAACCCAGUGGCGGAUCC